CGUGUGAGAUGCGCACGCACAUCUCUCCCCCAUCCCGACAGAUUGGAGAAACAUUUUUUUGGGUGGGGGAAUCAGAUCAGAUCUGUAGCCCUUUUCUUGAGGUAACGCGUAUUAGUCUACCCAGCAGCUGGAACUUACGGGAUAAAGAUAAUGCACGCUUAUUAAACCCUGACGUUCCCGCAAGUCCUUUCAGUACAGGCGGCAUUGUAAAGUGUGAGGCAGCCCAUUUUCGAUCACACAACUAUUCAUUAUUUUCAGAAGUGUCUAUAAGUGUGAAAUGUAAACAAAAGAGCCAACAACUGUAUGUAUAACAGUAAUUAUUUCCAUCAUGCACAGUGCAAAAAAAAGCAUUCCUGAAGAACUGUAUAUAUAGACCUAGAUUCCUCUUUGAUUUACUUCUGUAGCUGAUACAUUUACCAAGAGGAAAACUGCUGUAGGACGUGUUUCCAUUGAGAUGAAACAUAGCCAGUCUGAAAUUUUAACUGUACCUACGGAAAAUCAUCUAAUUCUUGCUGGAAUUUCCAGGACAGAUAAAGGAUUUGCAGUUAGCUCUGAAAACCAUAAUCUUAAGAUUGAUUUACUAAAUAAACCAGUUGAAAAGGGAGCUCUUUGUAGUCAAGAUACUUGUUUAAAUUGCACAGGUGAAACUGCAGUUGAUCAUUUGAAACAUACGCUUAACAGAGAAAAUGAAACUGCAGUGCUAGAAGUAAAAAUGCAAUCAUCUACACAAGAUCAUUGUGAUGAAGACCUUGGAAAAUAUGAAAAAGUAUCUGAAGAGGCUCCUUCAGAAGCAGCAAGAUGUGCAUAUUUACCAGAAUUGCAACUACAUUCAUACAGUGUUCAAUUUUCUUCAUUAAUGACACAAGAUAGAAAUGCUGUACUAUCUCUUGGCACCAAUACUCCUGAUGGAACAAUCAGUACAAAUACAGAAAUUACACCAGUAUUGAGACCUUUAUUAACUCCUUCAAAUGCAAAUAGCACUAUUUCUUGUGACCAAAUCAAAGGGAUUGUUAAUAAUUCUACAGUGUCACAAACCUUAUCAGGCUGUUCUGAUGUAGAAUCUUGCAAUGGUAUAUGUAUUUCACCUCAAGAUGCAGAUCCUGUUUAUGAUACAUUUAAUGAGAUCAAAGAGACGGCUGUAAGCCUUGUAGUAAAUAAUACCGAGGAAGGUGUUUUUCACAGUUCAAAUGGUGCUGAGGCAGGCCACAAUCUGGCAGCUGCACAAAAUGCUGUGGAGGAACCCACUUAUUCACAGAGAAAUUACUCUACUCCUCAAGUGAUAAUAUGUCAGUUGAAAAAUGGCACUCAUAUACUUUGUGUAAACAAUACUGAGACAAGAGAAUUGAAAGCUAUUCAUUUGGUUCCCCAGUAUCAAGAACAGAGUUAUACUCCUUUGGACUAUCUCAUCAGUGAGAAAAACUGUCUUGGGAAUGAUGCAAGCAACUCGGUAACAUCUGUACUUGGGCAGUUUUUGCCAGUUGCAGGUAAACUGAAUACCUGUGCUCAAGAGCUUGAUAAUGGAUCCAUACAUACAAGCAGUUCAGAUCUGACUCUUCAGGAGCCAACAAAAUUAACUUUAGUUGGGUUUCCUUGUGCUUCCUGGGAUACAAAAUCAAAGAAGCCAUGCAACUGCACUAAAUCACAGUGCCUCAAACUAUACUGUGAUUGUUUUGCCAAUGGUGAUUUCUGUAGUAAUUGCAACUGUAAUAAUUGUUAUAACAAUCCAGAGCAUGAAAUAGAACGGUUUAAGGCUAUUAAGGCUUGUCUUGACAGAAAUCCAGAAGCUUUCCUGCCAAAGAUUGGAAAAGGAAAACUUGGCGAUAUUAAACCAAGACAUAAUAAAGGUUGUAACUGUAAGCGUUCAGGGUGUCUAAAAAAUUACUGUGAAUGCUUUGAGGCUAAAAUUAUGUGCUCAUCUAUCUGCAAAUGUAUUGGAUGCAAAAAUUAUGAAGAAAGCCCUGAUCGAAAAACAUUAAUGAAUAUGCCAGUUCAAAUGGAAGUUAAAACCAAUGAAGGAAAUGAUUCUGAAUCAUUUUCUAACUCUGAAAUAUCAAAAACCAAGAAAGAAAGACAAUCUAGUACGUGUAUAUCUUGGGAGGUGGUUGAGGCAACAUGUGCCUGUCUUCUUGCUCAAGCUGAAGAGGCAGAAAAACAAGAUUACUCCAUUUGCUUAGCUGAACAAAUGAUCCUAGAAGAAUUUGGGAGAUGCUUAGCGCAGAUUCUUCACUCUGAAUUUAAAUCCAAAGGACUGAAAGUAGAAUAAUGUGUUUUACUUGCAGUGCUAAAGUAUUGCUUGAAAUUAUUUUAAUUUUGAUAUAUAUACAGUAACCCACUUAGUUUAUUUUCUAAUUCUAUUUCUCUUGCUUUUAUAUUAUCAUAAUUGAUAAUUAUUUUGUUCCAAAUUAGCAGAGCAAUGAAAAGUUCAGCUGGAUAUUCUAUAUUUAAAUUAUUAUUUAAAUGAAUUACUAAUAUGGUCUGUAUGUGUGUGCAUAUAAAAUUUCUUUACUCUUACUUUACUCCCCUUGUUCAGUACUCAGUGUCUGACUAAAGAUGAAAUAAAACUGAAGAAUUGCAAGGUCCCUGUUUUAAUGUUCAAUUGUUAAAAUGAAAGGAACUGUUUUCCAUUUGCUUUAUUUACUAGUUUUGUAACAAUGGCAUACAUUUCAGCUAAUAAAUAUCCUUAACAAGA